AUGUUGGACUCGGAAACAAGCGCAGGGCUUUCGGUGGAGAGUCGUGGGGCACGGCGGCAAUGGCCUGUGGCGGUGACGGUGGUGGCGGUGGGGUUCACGAAAGUGACGUCAGCGGUGUGCUCGUUUCUCUUCAUCGGGUUCAUCUUCCAGUUUGCAGUGGUGCACUACGUGUACCACCGGUACUAUCUGCGCGAGGCGGGGCGGGUGUGGAGUGCGGAGGAGGGAUACACGGAGGCGUACCCGGUGGCGCCCGAGGGGAUGCGGGUGACGGGAGACCUCGGGUACUACGCGCAGCUGCUGGGGCUGCGGUUGGACGAGUACGAGGCGACGACGGAGGACGGGUUUGUGAUCACGGUGCAGCGGCUGCGGGACCCGAAGCACGGGCCGGACACGCUUGCCAGCGGAACGCUGCGGCCCGUCCUUUUGGUGCACGGGCUCAUGCAGUCGUCGGGCUCGUUCGUCACGGGCGGGUACAAGAGCUUGGCGUACCUGCUUGUGCAGAACGGCUACGACGUGUGGCUGGGCAACAACCGCUGCGGGUUCCGGCCGCGGCACACGCACUACGGGUCCAACGACCCGAGGAUGUGGGACUGGGACUUGCACGAGAUGUCGCAGUACGACCUCCCGGCAAUGCUGAGGCAGAUCCGGGCCGUGAAGACGAACUACGCCGGCAAGGUCUCGCUUGUGGCGCACUCCCAGGGCACCACGCAGACCGUCAUCCUCAUCUCCGGCCAGCACCGCCACCCGUGUGCCGAGGACAUCGACAAGUGCGUCUUGCUAGCGCCCGCCGUCUACGGCGGGCCGUUGUUGAACAGCAAGCUGUUCAUCAAGUUCAUGCGUUUCUUGCCCGAUGGUAUCUACGAGAGCUUUUUCGGCAUGAACUCCUUCAUGCCCAUCUUGAUGUACCUGCGCCAGUACACGUACAAGCUGCCCGCGUUCGGGCUCACGUCGUACAUGGUGUUCAGCUACUUGUUCGACUGGAACGACUAUCUCUGGGACGUCCGGCUCCGCCGCUACCACUUCAUUUUCUCCCCGGUCUUUGUCUCCGUGAAGUUGAUGAAGUGGUGGCUUCGCAGCAAGCACGGACGCGGCUUUUCCACGGACAAGCCCAUCAUCGACGACCCGAACGCAUGGUUCACCAAGUCCACGCCGGACAUCUUCCUCGUCAUCGGCGGCAAGGACGACCUGGUCAACGGCGACCUCUUUGUCGACCGACUGGAGCGCUUGGAGCCCGACAUGACGGGCCGCUGGAGCUACGUGAAGGUGCCGGAGUACUCCCACUUGGACGUCCUCUGGGCAGACGACCUCUUAGACAGGGUAGGAGACGCGCUGUUGGAAUUUCUUGCAACGUGA